AUGAACUCAGCUCCACAUUUGCGAAGCACAUCUGCCAGACAAUCCAAGUACGACCCUAUUGCGGAGGAGGCGGAAGCCAAUCCUCGUUAUGCGCACAUUCUCCUCCAAAACGGCUUCGAAACCACAGGGGCUGAGGCAGCAGCUGGGGCUGCUCUUCCUGUUCCGAUCUAUCUCCAUCUGAUUGCUGUGGGACCCUUUGCUGUCGUGGAGGGCUUGGAGUUUUUCGUCCCUUCAGGGACCUCGCCGGAUAUUACCGCUGCUUCCGUCCCAGCUACUGCUGUUUGGCUGGGCCGUGGUCCAAUUUGGAAACUUUUUAAAGCUUUUCUCUCUCUCUCUCUCUCUCUCUCUCUCUCUCUCUCUACUGACACCAAUCAAUCUCCGUGUUCCACGUCGGUUGUCAUCAGAGAGAUCUGGGAUCGUUAUCAAUUCAUUUCCAUUGAUGUAGGCAUCAUAUUUAUCCCUUUAGGGCGUUAUACUAUUUUGCAUUCUUUUGGGGUCUGCCUUCUUCCCAGGCCGAUUUUUUCAGCGGUGAUGUUUCUUCCGUAUUUUCCACGGCCAAUUAAUGCGAAAAAAAAUGCCUAUAUAGCUCCCAGAGUUUUUUUAACUGAAUAA